AAUUUGUCAUUCAGCAAGGAUCAGCAUGAGACAGCACAUCUUUCUGCAAAUUUUCAUUGGCAUUUUUUCCUUAGGUAUUUUCAAUGCUGGAUGUAAUGCCGCUACUGAUUGCCCAAGUCCUCCCAUAACAUAUGCUUCAGAAGGGGAUGAUAUCACUCUGUGCUGGAAGAUGUUACCGGAAGCAGUUAACGAGAGCGAUAGCUUUCUUAAACGUAUUACUGUGUUUGCCUUGAAAAGGCCGGCCGAACUGGACAUGGAGAAAAUCGCAUCGGCAAAUAAGACUGGACAAUUUUUGAGGGUGUACGAUGCAAGUCACAAUGGUUUGUACAAAGACAAAGCAACUGUCUUCGCCGAUUUACCAACCGGAAUGUUUUAUCUCAAGAUAACAGACUACAAUGACAACAUGGACAAUGUGUAUUGUCCCCUUUACGAGAUGUCUGGCAUUAAUGACAUUCCCUCGUGUCAUACUCAAGCGUUGUUACUGCGAAAUGUCGCUCUAAAACCUGCAGAGAACUCCGUGACAGUGGAAGGACGAUUGUCAACAAGCGUCAAGAAUACUCCUUCUGGUUUGAUAGUGAGCUGUUUACUUGCGAUUGCUGCCAUUAUUACCGCUGUUUUGUAACUUCAGAAAGCAAAAAGAUUUUAAAAAAUCUCUUUCAGAACCUGCAAUGUUACCCAUUUACCUUACCUUUUUCAUUUAUGUAUAGAUCAGUAUCAUGAUUGUAUUUACCCGAUAACUGCGUUUUUUAAUGACAUAUAAACUCUUAGGCACAAACUUUAUCGUAACAGUAUCGAGCUAAAAAUUAUCGUUAAACAUAUAUAGAAGAGCAGGAAGAGCAGUAAAAACGGAGGAAGCUCUCUGAAGCAUUGCUCUGGCCUGCACUUGCUGGAAAUUAAUAGUGCGUGUUAUUGGAAAGUGUAGUUACGACGUCGCACCUGCUUUGUCUAACAGUAAUGAUACAACAAUGCACAGCAACCAAAUAAUCA